CGUCAUUCUCCAACUUCAUCACAAGCAACGUGACUUUGACAUCCCACGCCCCCAUUGAAGAGCGAUUGCGCCUGUCUUUUUGAUCUUGUUGAUUUGACUACAUUUCGUGCACUUCCCUGCCGAGUUUUCCUAUUACCACGUCGCCUGCAGGCUUUCUAUAGUCAGAGAUAUUGUGUACACUACUGUUGGGUCCUGUGCAAAGACAAAUCAUUGAUCAUUUCUAGAGCCUGGUGCUCUGGACAGACACAAGCAUCCCAAUGCCUUUGUUGGAGAUGUCGACGAAUAUUCAGGUACCAGAGUCGCCAUCGAGGAAGAGAAGUCACGAUCACUUCACCGAGGCUGCAGUAGAAGUUGAGACAUCUUCAAUUGUGAAUCCGCACAUCACAGCGGAGGAUGCCUCAGCCAUAAAUGGUUCCUUGCAGGACGUACCCUCUGUUUCCAGAACGAAUCACGACAUCAAGCGAGAAAGAAGUGCUAGUAUCUCGUCUGACUCGGAACUCUCCGUAAGAGACUCACCCUCGCCUAUGCAGAUGGACGAAUUUACGCCAUCCACAUCCCCAACGGCACCCGCACCUACAGAUACUCUGGCAACGCAAGUCCCUGGAUCCUCAACAUUAUCAGCUUCCGUACAGCCACAGACUGCCACAAUGUCCUCUUCUGCUGCAGCCUCCAGCUCUGCGCCCGCCAAGAAGAAGCGGAAAACAGCGGCUGAGAAAGAGGCCGAGGAGAAAGAGCGCGCCAUGAAGAAGGCUAAGAGGGACGAGGAGGCAGCGGAGAAGGCUAAGGAGAAAGAGGAGAAAGAGGCCGCCAAAGCAAAGGAAAGGGAAGAAAAGGAAGCUGUAAAGGCGGUCAAGGCUGCCGAGAAGGCGAAGGCCAUCGCAGAAAAGGAGGAGAAGGAGCGCAGGAAAAGAGAGGAGGAAGACAAGAAGAAGCGAGCCCAACCUACGCUGUUUGGGUUCUUGAAGACGAAGCCGGCAGUACUGGGAGAUGUCUCGCCCAACAAGCAAUCUUCUUCUUCUUCUCCUCCCAAGGCUGUCGACAGCUCCCCAAUCCGCCUGAAGGCUCCUCUCACUUCUUCAGUGAUAGCUAGUCCCUCAACCACGAAGGAGCUCGGGGAGCCCAAGUCAGAGAAGUCAGCGUACCAAAAGAUGUUCCAAGAGUUCUACAUCAAAUCCGAUGUCAAGAUGGCGCCUACACCUUUCCAGAUGGACGACGAGACGAGGCUCACCAAGUCCAAAAUCCUGGAUGAGUACAUUGGCGGUCAGCGAGGGGAUGCCAAUGUCAAGCCCUUCGAUCCCAUCUCUACCUUCCAGUUCAAUGGUCUCCCUGUGCCACGGGGCAAGCAGCAUUUGGCAGUCAAGAAGGUUAUGGCUGAGAUCUUCGGCGACCCUCUUGACAGUGCUCCGAAUAACAGGACUGAAUCUCAACAAGUUCGAUUCGCCAGCGUGCAGGAUCAGCUAAACUCCAUUCCCGUCAAAGUGCUGUCGUUCUGGGAGGAUGUGCGCCCCCCUUAUAUUGGGACCGUCACGUCGAAGCCGGACGUCAAGCUUCGCAAGCUGGGAAGACAGCCCAACAGGCGCCUCCUAAAGCUGAACUACGAAUACGAUUCAGAAGCCGAGUGGGAAGAAGAGGAAGGCGAGGAUCUGGAUGACGAGGAAGCCGACGACGAAGAGAAUGAUGGAGAGGAGGAGAUGGACGACUUCUUGGAUGAUGCCGAAGAUGUUGCCGCUGCGCGCCCGGCAUUCUUGGGUGACUCGGAGCCUGUGAGCACCGGAAUCUGCUACGAGGACCGCAAGCGACUAUCUCACAACGCGAGCGGUGAGGACUGCGCCACAGUCUACAAGUACAGGAUGGAGUUCCUGCUAGAGCCGCUAGAGCAUCAUCACUCGAUAGACCCUUUUUCCUCCGACUACUGGCAACCCAAGGCCACUCCUGGAACAUCUUGCGCACAAUCCAAGAUUUCGUCAUCCACCAAGUCUGUAAAGGCCGGCAUGGCGCCACCACCAGCACCUGGUUCUUCAACACAGGCGCAGCCCGAUUGGAACACUUUAGUGCCCAAGUCAUUGCUGGGUGACUUUAAACGCGCGGUUGUUAGCAAGGACAUAAAUUUCCUUACGAAGGUCGGUAUAGUGGACAUGCUUUCGAAGACGUUUUCGUCCGUGACCAAGAACCAGGUCAGAGCCACGCUGGAUUAUGUUGCCGAACGAUCAUCUCUACCGGGAGCAAAGAAGUCCGCCAAGGUUUGGGUACUGCGUCCGGAACAUGCUUUAGAUAAGGACUAAAGCAUGUCGAUUUGAUUUCUGUUGGAGAUGGCUAUUCCACGUUACGCAAAAUCGACUGAAACAUAUCAUUGCUAUUGUCGGAUAGGGUAUGGGGCGGACAAUUACCGCUGACACGUGUAAGCAUGAGAGGAAGUGAAGGAAUAUGGGCAACGCUGUCGGUAUCCACGCGUAUAGUCUUGCACGGCGUUAGGACUCAGAGAUACAGUAUGCUUUACUCGAUAUGUAUGAACGUAACAGGGCACAUCGGGGACAGGGAACGAAAAGGAAUCGGCGAAAGGCGUUUUGGAACUGACGUUAUGCAUACUACCUCCAUAGAGUUGUCACGGUAAUCAAGAGCCCUG